AUGCGUGAAGAUGAAUGUUUGGUGGAAUUUAGAUUCGCCAAAAAUGACAUAUACGGCCUAGUCAACACACUGCAAAUCCCUGAGGUUAUACGGUGUUACAAUGGCUGGAAGGUGGAUGCAGUUGAAGCUCUAUCCAUCUGCCUGAAAAGACUAGCAUAUCCGUGCAGAUAUUGCGAUAUGAUCCCGAGAUUUGGCAGGCCUGUCCCGCAGCUGCGCACAAUGUUUAACACUGUUGUGAACACUAUUUACAACAACUUCGCACAUCUUCUCAGGGACAUCGAUCAACCUUACCUAUCCCCAGCAAAUCUUAAAUUGUAUGCAGAUGCCAUCCAUGCAAAUGGGGCAGCCCUGGAAAAUUGCUGGGGUUUUGUAGACGGCACUGUCAGGCCAAUAUGUCGACCAACUAGGAAUCAAAGGGUCGUUUACAAUGGGCACAAAAGAGUCCACGCAUUGAAGUUUCAAUCAGUUGUGGCUCCGAAUGGCCUUAUUGCGAAUCUUUUUGGGCCCGUUGAAGGACGCAGGCAUGACAGUGGUAUGCUUGCUAUGUCAGGGUUAUUAGGCCAACUUGAACAGCACUCUUUCUCUGAAGAAGGGCAGCCCCUCUGCAUAUAUGGUGAUCCUGCCUACCCAAACAGGGUUCACCUGCAAUGUCCUAUCAUAAGAAGGAGACCUUUAACAGAAGACAAACAAGCCUUUAAUACCUCAAUGAGUAGGGUUCGUGUUGCUGUUGAAUGGAUUUUUGGGGACAUUGCAAACUAUUUUAAGUUUAUAGAUUUUAAGAAAAACCUUAAAAUUGGAAUGAGUGCUGUUGGGAAAAUCUAUGUAGUUUGUGCCCUUUUAAGAAAUGCCCUGACAUGUUUAUAUGGCUCCACAACAUCAACCUUCUUCAAUGUGAAACCUCCAAAAUUGAUGAAUAUUUUAGGUAAGGUUGAUUUUUCAAAUUCCACCAAGAUUCUGGCAGAGGAGAGGAACCAAUCACAUCUUUGCAUGACAACAGAAACGGUUUUUUUAAAAGCCACCAAAGUUACCAAGACCCAUACACACAUGAUACACAUUGAAAAUCACGAUAUCAGUGAAGCUUUUCAAAUAUUGAGAACAUAUAAUGCAAAAAAAAUACUUCAACAAACCCAAUUACAAUCAACACAACAAAAAUUAAUUAGGUAUAAACUUCCAUAUAAUGAAAGAACAUUAUUUAGGUUAAUAAGACCUAAUAAGCACAUAGAAGGGGUAAACUAA